GGCAAGUUAUCAGGUUUAUAGCAGGUUAAAUUACACCGCAGUCCAAUCCCGGACCAGCAAUGCGACACAAGCCAAUAGAAAACACCUAUGUUUAUCGGGUAUUCGUAUCAGCAGUAUGAGCAAUUUCUGCUGAAAAGAACCACUGAACGUAUUUUAGAAGAUCGCUUCAUUUGUCAUAACCCAUUCAAUAAAAAAUCACCGAUUCUCAUCGCUACCCCUUUCCAGUGUAUUCCACAGCAGGGGCUCGCUUGUUACUACUAGCAAUGUCAACCUCUAAUACAAAUGAAACACUCCCCUCCUUCGAGGCCCUUCGUAGUGCCGGGAAUCACGCGCGUUUCGUCCGUGAUAUGUCUCGCCUCUUUUGGGCUUUGAACGGGCCUCUAGAAACUUCAAUCUGGGUUCUAGAUGAUGAGUAUAGCCCGGACCUAGGUCGAGAGGCCUACUUCCGACAGACUGUUGCGGGCACUAGCUGGCAUCCGAUAUCGCAGCUGCCAAUCACCAGGCCGGGGGUCUCGUCCAUCACGCUGCGGGUUUACCAACUUGACAAAUGGGAGGAUGACUGGUUCGAAUACCAUGAUAGUCAUGCGAAUCCCGAUGAUCCAGAGUGCGUGUAUGGGUCACUUCCGGAUUAUAACUCGGACGAGGAUGAGGAGGGCCCGGAACAUUUGCUAGAGUGUUGCGGGGCGGCGCGCCCGCGCAAGAAGAGAGCCCAGUUGAUGGUGAGGGCUUCGGCGGAGUUUGUCACAAUACACGACUACGUAUCCGCGGUGCAUCCGUGGCUAAUGAGCUUGCGUGACGAUAUCCUGCAGGCAGUGGCAUUAUUUGAGGAUAGGCCUUUGCCGACGGAAACAAAACUAGCCUUGAAUUACAACGGCCUAACGUAUGUAAUGGUUGAUAAAGAGGAGGAGUGGAUUUCCAACAGGAAGAAUGCACCUAGUUGGAUGAAGUUGAGGCUGGACCCUGCUAGUAUGCUUCCCGCGUCUAACUCUUGAGCUGUUAGUAACGUCAAAACAGGUUCUUGGAGUAGGGAUACUUGGGAGUGGGUUAGACUACAGGAUUAGGACAUGUGUCGCUCACCGGGUUAGUAAAGUAACUCACGAUGUGUAAUUUGAAGAAGUCAUAUUUGUGUUGGAGGUGAUAAGUUGAUGAGGCCUGAUUCUAAGAAUACAUAAAGGGGCUAUGAUUUAGCUUAAUGACUCUAUCAAUACACGGCAAAACCUAGGUAUAUUAUAGUUAGUUAUUGAUAUUCGAUUCUGACUUUUUCCUGUUGCAAUGGGCACUUGUUUUGUUGAAAUCGAGAAUGUCACUAAAGUUCUGAUGGACUUGAUAUCAUUCUAGCCUCAUAAUAAAGGCUUGGCAUAUUUUAAUGGAUGGUCUUCUUAUUUGGGGGACGAAACCGGGUGGGUUUUAACAGGGAGUAUUUAAAGGGCAGCGCCUAGAAGGCAACGUAGGUAAUUGUUUAAAUAAUGGCUAUAAAUUAAUCGUUUCUUGUUAUUGUUGAGUUUGGUAACUAUCAAAUCGACAGGCCGAAGGGAUAGAUG